CCUCCUUCUCGGCCGACCUUCAUCUAACCUGCCCCGAGCGUACUUCACCUCGACGCACUUGCCUUCUCACUUGCCUCCAAUCCCCAAAUCUGCGUCUCUCGUCUGCCGCGUUUCGCUUCGCGUCCGCAUCGAUACAUCGUCUCGCAUCCCGCCGGGAAGGAAGCGACAAAGCACAGCACAGCACAGCACGAACUCGACCACGCCUACGCCCAAACACUCCAAAAUGAAGUCCUCAGCUCUCUUCACCGGCAGCUUCGCCGCCGCCGCCGUCGCACAGAGCGGCAUCUUCAGCAUUCCCGAGGGGACCAGCCUCGGUACCCCGGUCGACAUCUCCACGCCGCUCACCAACCCGCUCCGCACCUCGACCACCCAUACGGGCCACGCCUCCAUCCCGGAAGGCACAGGCUCGCCAACCGUCUCCGUUCCGGACGGCACAAUGUCCAUCCCUGAGGGCACCACCAAGGGGACUAUCUCGGGGUCUCAGGCGAGCUCUACCCCGACGGCCACGGGUUCGCCCUCGACUUCGGUCGGCGGCACUACGCUGGUGCCCACUACUACCGGCUCGUCGGGCACCGGCACCGGCACCGGCUCGCCGACGACGACGGGCGGGCAGACGACGAGCGCGUCCACGGCCGGUGCGGUGGCCAACCAAGCCGCUGGCGCCAUGGCCGCCGCCGCGGGCUUCGUCGCCGCCCUGCUCGUGUAAUUCAACUGGGGCAAUGUCACCAUGCGCCCGCGCAAGUCCACACCAACGGAGGAGUGAGAACAAUCUUUUGGACGAUUGGGAUGCAAGCCCCCUAUGAUGCAACUGAACUAAUGCGGAGUCGUUGAUCCAUGUACACAAACCGAGGACGCCAAAUUUACCCCGUAUAUAGUAUCACGAGAACAAAGACCCAAUACCCAUCUUUGCCUUCUAAUGCCUUGCGCCGGAAACAAACCACCAUACGAAUGGAAAACAAUAAAUCAUCUUUACACUGUG